AUGAGGGGACAUUUCUCCAUCGAGUGGCUUGCCCAAAGUAGCCAGGCAUUAGGAAGCAUGAGACCCUCGCCUCUCCCCUCUUCCUGGACCUCUGUUGGACCCAACAGCACCUCUGUGACCCAACCUGAGAGCCUGCCUGGGUUCUACUGCCGACCGAGACCCGAGAAUCAGGAGAACCAGGCAAGGAGAGGACAGGGGCUCAACCCAUGCAGUUAUCCCUGCCUGGCAGGCCCUGAGAUGGGCACAUAUACCAAGAGGAGUAGCCCCCUCCACCACAACCACCAAGAAGUGGCUGAGACUGGCUUCAUCAGUAGAACAGAGGAGGAAACGUCAGGGUACGAGAGCGAAGGCGGGCGAUCCCUCUCCCCCACCACCCCCCCGGACGGCACCUUCACCUCUCCCUCCUUGUCUCCCAUCUCUCUCUCUCUUUCUACGGGGAGGCGGCCACGUACAGCCUACAAAGUGGAGCAGAUAAACAGUCUGGAGAAGGCCUUCAAGAGAAACGCCUACCUGGGCACUCAGGACAAGGCCGAGCUCUGCAAGAGACUCAACCUUACAGACAAACAGAUCCGUAACUGGUUCCAGAACAGGCGUAUGAGAAUGAAGAGGAUGGUCCAGGAUGUUCUGGCCCAAGCCUGCCAAGCUAAAGUAACCUCUCACCUGCUGCACUACACCGAGCUACAGGCCUACCGCCCUGGCCACAACCCCACCUACCAUCCCCAUCACGCAGGAGCCGAGGGGGGCACUUCCACCCCAUACCUCCACCCCCACUACAGCUCCUCCAUGGCCGGUCCACUGCCCAGCCUCCCUGCCACCCCCAUGGACUCUUUAUACCAAUACGCCAGCCUCCCCGGUCUGGUGAUGCCCACUCCCGGGUCUAACCCACUGAUGGGGGCCUACCAGUCUCACUCUCACCUGUGUUAG